AUGGCUGAGAGAGAGGUUAGGAAGCUCUCGACCUUUUCCGCUUUAAGUCUACUCGAUUCAAGCCCAAAAGAGGCAUUCACGGAAAGUCUGCACGCGCAAAAAGGAGUACUGACGGCUUUCGUAUCUCUCCCAUGGAAUACAGGAGAUGACUGUUCCUCAAGGCCACAGGAAAUCAUUCGGAUUUGCCAAAAUCUUGAGAAUUCCGGCAACAUUGACCGUUUGUGUCAGUUCCUGUGGUCUCUGCCCAAACGCAGUGACUUGUGGGAGAUUCUAAAUCGAGAUGAAGUCAUACUGAGAUCACGAGCUCUUGUGGCGUUCCACACGAGAAACUUUAACGAGCUCUACUCCCUUCUGGAGCGUCAUACCUUCUCGAAGGCAAGCCAUCCGAAAAUGCAGGCUCUUUGGCUGGAAGCUCACUACCAGGAAGCCGAACGUCUGCGGGGUCGUUCGCUGGGGCCGGUUGACAAGUACCGGGUGAGAAAAAAAUUUCCACUGCCAAAAACCAUCUGGGACGGGGAGCAGAAGACCCACUGCUUCAAGGAGAGGACGAGAAGCCUGCUAAGAGAGUGGUAUCUGCAGGACCCAUAUCCUGGACCGAGCAAGAAACGUGAACUUGCCAAUGCCACGGGAUUGACUCCAACCCAAGUGGGCAAUUGGUUCAAAAAUCGUCGACAAAGAGAUAGGGCUGCUGCCUCAAAGAACCAGCGGCUGGCUUUGCCAGAGGAGAGCGAUGAAGAAAUCAUUCCAGACACGAAGGGACAUCUUCCGUCAAGAUCUCCUUCCGCAAACCCGACGGAGCAGCUCACUGUAACCCGACGGCCUCAUGGUCAUGCUGAUGAUGAUGAUGGGCGUGAGAUGGCCAAGACCAUGAUCUCCAGAGACAUUCCAAGGCCCUCGCCCUUCAGUGCUGAAGCACUCAUUGACAGAAAACGCUCGUUCCACGAAGUCUUCUCUGAUGAGCCUGCUGAGAACGACUGGAUGAAGAAGGUGGCGACGAAGCUGACGAAUGCUAUUCCCGACUUUCGGUCCACUCCUUUUCCCCAGUGGUACCUUCACGCCUCAUGCGCUCUUGCAACGCUCCUGCCAGCAGACCUAAGGCUUCUCUUCCCGCCUUAUUCGCCCUUUGUUUUUCCCCCACUCCCUCCCUUCACCUCAUCCACUUCUCCGCUUCAAUUUCAGCAAGCUUCUUCGAAAUCCAAUGAGUCGGAAACGGCAGCCCCUUCGUGA